AUAAAUAUAACCAACGCCAGUUUAACAAGUUUCGAGCUUGAAUUCCAACAUAACAAGAAGUAUGAAGUAACUGUCUUUGCUUGGAAUAACCUGGGGCGCAGUAAAGUAAGUACGGCAUAGGAACCGAGAACAGCACAAUUUAACCAUAAUUUCUUUCGUUAAAUAAUUAAUAUAGAGAGCCAUAUUGUGUUGCUUCCCGUGUGUUUGAGAGUGUGCGGCUGUCAUGUUUUCAAAGACCGAAGAGCUUUCCUGUUUCGAAAUUUAAAUAUGUAGUUUAGAAUACGUUAUUUUUCUGACCUGCAAUCAAAUUCUUAUCCCACAUGGAAUUUUAGCUUAUUAGAGUAUUUGGAAAGAAAACUAUUCCUUUGAUCAAAAGUUUGCGAUGUUUCUUAGAACACCUGAAUUUCAAAUUCGUAUCAGCCAACGACACAAAAAAAACCUUACUCUAUGUGAUAAAACUCAUAGCAUGGGUCCAAGUAAGCAAGUAAGGAAUGAAUAUCUAAUAAGGAAAAAUUUCUUGCUAAGAGUGAAUCAUGAUAAUAACAGGAAAAAAGCUUUUUUAAGGCUGGGGCAAUGAAAGCACCACAGCCUUAUUAAGACUUUUUGGUAGCCAAAAACUAAGGUUGAUAAAACGUUUAGCAGAAAAUAUCAAUGGAAUUGCAGGUUAAAGAUUUUAAUGCUUUCAUAAUUUCUCUCACCGUAUAAAUCUUAAAAUUAAUUGUACCAUACAAUUUUCUCAGCUUGGAGGGCAGUUGUAUUUUGCUGACCUAAACGAUCUCUGCUGUUUUUAUGCAAGGGUUUAUUUUAUUUUUGUUGAUUUAUACUAAAACUGCUUUCACUUUUAAAAGAUGUUACAUAUUCCGUCAUGGAUUUGGAUUUUGAAGGAGGCUGUAACUCUAUAAACUUAACUUGGAAUCCACCAUCACGUGACGCCGAAGGAGGAAUGGUGACAGGGUACCUUGCACAGAUAAAACCGGCCAGUUCCGAAGGACAAUGGACAACAAAAAACGUUUCUCAGUCAACUCAGUCAUGUCUAUUUACCCAUCUUAAGCCAAACAGCAAGUACCAUGUAAGAGUAAUGGCGCAAGACAAAAUGGGAUAUGGUUGGCCUUCUGAGGUGUCAAAAGUAUCUACGAUUCAAGCAGGUGAUUUGCCACGAAAAUUUGUCAAGUGUGACCCAAUUCGUCCAACCAACUCCCGAUCCUAUUACUGUCUCUCCAAUUUUAAAUUAAUCUCGUGGGUUGUGAGGUUCUUUCCCCCAUCUCAAUUAGAGACGAAACUCUUGUAAGCGACCGCCUUUGUAAUUCGUAAAAGCCCUCGCACUCCUACGGCUGGAUUCGUUUACCAAAAUCAAAUUGGAAUCUCUUAUCAAAGCAACAAUGUGAUAAACCUAUAGGGACGGUCGCUUACGAGAACGUUUAACAGAAAGGUUGGUACAUGUAUAUGUUAUUAAUUACCCAUACAUUCUUUUUUCCAUUACGACAUCUUAUUCAAAUUCAAUGGGAUGUUAGAGCCGGAUUAUGUUAUGUAUUACCUAAAGUUUAAUCACAUGCUCUUAUUCAAGUGUUCAAUGAAUAGUCGCAUAUGAGAACCAGAGGCGGUCGCUUAAAUAGCUUUUCGUUAUACAGUCGACUCCCGAUAACUCGAACCUUUAAGGGAAAUCGAAAAAAGUUGAAGUUAUCAGGAGUUCGACUUUUCGGGAGCUGGAAGCAAAUAGCCGGAAGUAAGGGAAAAAUUAGUUUUUACCGUACAGGGAACAUUUUAAUCACAUUUAGUUGUAGAAAUAGUGGGUGAAAAUUAAAGAUACCUCUAGAUUAUAAAUCAGAAGGUAACAAACCAUAGCCUAAAUAGACCAUGCUUUUACUGUUUUGGGAAGUAAAGUUGUUAUGCGUUAGACUUGUGACAAAAAACGUCAGCCUUUGCUUGUAAACUAUAUGCCUACAACACGUCAAUGGGAAAUUAAAAACUCAAUGUUUCGGACGCUAGUGCACUUUUAUAUUUUCCGACUUUUCAAGCGCUCAAAACAUGGUUCGAGUUAUCGAGUGUAAAAUUAUAGAAAUGAUCUGAGUGGAGACAAAAAUUAAUUCGAGUUAGCGGGAGUUCGAGUUAUCGAGGGUUCGAGUUACCAAAGGGUAAAAUUACAGUAAAUGUAUGAAAGAAAUCCAGGGGAAAUCGAUUUUGGUUCGAGUUAGCGAGGGUUCGAGUUAUCGGGAUUCAGCUGUAUAGCUUUUAGUCAUAGUACAAACAGUUCUGGUCGUAACUACAGCUGGUAGCUUACUAGAGUUGAGGCAAGGAAGCUUCUACUUUCUUAAGGAUUUGUUUAAAAAUCGUAGCAAAGAGCCACCUGGAUCUGCAGUUGCUUUGACGCCGACAACAACAACAACAACAUACACAUUUACAUUUUAUUUAUAAAUGUAUACGUUGUAAAUAUGCUCAGCCAUAGGGAUAGUUUUCAGAUAUCCUACGGGUAAAAUUAGGCCAAAAAUUAAAUUAAACAAAUUAAAAUUUGAAUUACUAACUGAUAAGACUGAAAGACAUUGCUUUGUUCUUUUGAGAUACAAGAAUAAGAAAGAUCGGAAAAAUCUUCGAAGAAAUCUAGUCAGAAACAAACAACUGAAAGUGGAUCGAAAUGCACUAAUCACAAGUAAACAUGUGUUUUCUAAGAGGUCCGCUACGGUGAUUAACGGAACAGAAAAACCCAAAAUUUCUUCGAAGUUUGCAAAACGCGCAGCGCGAGACAAUGAAUUUGGCUAGAAGAUAUAGGUUGGAAUGUUUUAUUAGCUAUAGGAUAAUGCAUGUUCUCGUCGUCUUAUUAGGCUGAUUUAGCGACAGAACGGGAACGUCAGUUGACGACGGCGCGCGCAAAUCAAACAAUUGGCUUGACCAAUGGCUGAGCGACAAAUUGGGCACCGGAAGUCGUGUUUAGUCCUUUCCACGCGCUUUGCCGUCGUCAACUGCCGUUCCCGUUCUGUUCCUAAAUCAGCCUAUUGUUAUGUCGUGUUUUAUAGGUGUCCCUAACACGCCCGUGUUCGACGUUAUAUCGAGCGAAAAUGAAAAUGAGUGUGCUGUCUUUGUACAAUGGCUCCGGGAACCAUCAUCAAGUGACUGCCCUGUACUAUUUCAUACAAUAAGCUACAGACGACAAGGUGAAAAUGAGUGGACCAGAUUGAACAUUACAGAGAGAAAUACCAAUCGCCAGAAGAUCGAGACAGAAUGUUCUACGGAAUAUGAGUUCCAGGUCUUGGCGUGGAAUGAAGUGGGACCGAGCCCCAUUACUACUAAGACUUACACAACAGAAAGGGAUGCAGUAAAGAAUAAUAAAAGAGGUAUAUAAUUGUGCAUACAAUGUGCAAAUGGUGGUCAUUGUAUAGAGCGUUUUGACAUGACUUCACGGCGGCCAUAUCGAAAUUCCACUGAAAGGGACAAAACGGCAGCCAUGAAGGUUAACCAGUCUUGCGAGGAUUAAAUUGACUUUUUUUGUGUAAACGCUUGCUUUUGCUCCAAUUAUUUUGCAUAGAUGCUGGGCACAUGAGUGAAAACACUCCAUACAUAAAGAAGGUGUUUGAGUGUAUCAGUCUAACGAAAGAAAAUAUUUACAGAAUGAUCCUGCUCAUAUUUUCCUCCAUUAGACAUGUAUUUAGGACGACACUUAUUUAUUGAUCAUCUAUCUAGUGCAACAGAUUUAAUUAACUAUAAAAAAGAAUAAAUACAGUCCCAAGAAAGUUGUAACGCUAUUCUUUGUCAAGGACAUCAGCCAAUGCAGAUCCUGAAAGCGAAAAAUUGUCAUAUUUAAAAUUACAGGUAUUUCUCUGGUGUAUAUUCUCAUCUAUAUCUUCGCCGGUUUACUUACAAUCGUGGGAGCUGUACUGCUGGCAGUGUGUAUCAAUCAAUACAGAAAGAAAGGAAACCAAUCCACUAAGAGGUAUGUGGGUACAAUCUGCUUUUAAAAUUCCUCUUUUCCUUCAUUUUAAAAGAUGCAAUAUAUACCCAACAUACCGGGAUAUUUGCGUCCACCUGAGCCAUGUAGUCUCUUUUGACGUGUUAGGCCUUUAAAAUACAUCAUAAUUGUAGUAGAGCUCAUUACGGUGAGGCUGCGCGUCGGAACGCCACGAGAAAGAAAAUCUGGUCAUCUAGCGAUAAAUAAAUUUUGUUCGGCCAAAUUUUUCAAUUUGAUUAAAUGGGCGCUCUAGAACUUAAAGUAUAGUCCCACCUCCACUAACGGCCACCUCUACACAACGGUCACGUCUCUACUACAGCCACUUUGUUCGGAGGACAGUCCAUACAUUGACUCUUGUUUAAACCUCUCUACAACGGCCACCUGUCUACAAAGGCCACUUUCUACUGUCCCCAAGGUGGCCGUUGUGGAGAGGCUCAGAGGCUAUUGUUUUUAAACAUUGUAGGACAGCAAAGGACAUCCAGGUUUUGGACGGUUGCGAAAUUCCUCCAAUGAGAACAGAAUUUCUUGAAUUGGUGGGUGAAGGAGCAUUUGGUAAAGUUCACAAGGCGACACUAAAAGACGGUAUGGCAUACUUUGAAGACGAGCGAGAGUGGCCUAGCAGGCCUAGAAAGCAGAAAAUUAUUGCGGUCAAAGAACUUUUUGGUGAGUUUAAGUUUGAAAAUUCAGACUUUUCGCUUCUUGUUGCAAUGUGACUUUCAGCAUUUAUUCACCACCAGCGUCGUUUCCAGAAAUAAGGGCGGUCACCUGUCCAAAAGCCACUUAAUAAUAAUAAAUUAACGAUGCAUGAAAAAUAAUGUGGCAUUGAAGCUCACAUUGUGAAUUAAUGUAGAUGUGUAACAGUAAAAAAAAAAAAAAAUUGCAGAAUUUCACUUUUAUGGGAGACGAAGUUAUGGUGAUCGCUAUUUUUUUCUUUCUUGCACCGAACUAUCCUUGUUGUUGCCAGAAAACGCCAAAGAAGAAGAGAGAAGGGAAUUUAUGGAUGAAAUCGAGCUCAUGAAGAAGGUUGGAAAACAUCAAAAUGUUCUGAGUUUCUUUGGAUGUUGGACCACAACUAAACCAAUUCUACUCAUGAUAGAGUACAUCGCUCAUGGAGAUUUGCUUCAUUGGCUUCGACAUAAAAGAAGUCAGGUAUUAAAAAUAAUUACCCACUGAUAAUGUAUGCCUCUGUUCAGUUAUAGGGUCACACGGAAAUGUGGUAAAUAACGAAAGGAAAACAAAAGUUCGCGCCGGCUAAUGGUUUGCUUUUUGAUGUUCUUACCACAUUUUUUUGUCUUCAGAGAUGUGUAAUUGAAGACGCGCAGCAAGACUGAAUCUAGUAUUUGAUUUGGGCAAUAAUUAACGGUAGAAAAAUGUACACUUUACGAUCGGCAUUGGUUAUAACUUUCAACUGCUGACUGUUGACUAAGAAACAAUUGGCAAUUCUCUAAGAAAAUGCGCGAAUACUAUGACAUACUGUAAGUGCAUUUACGUUAUUAUAGCUCUUGUUUCCUCGAAGCAAUAACUUUUUUUGGAUUUUAUUUUAUAGAGAUUACAUUAUAAUUCAUUUUCUUAUACGCCCACAAUUUCUCUUGUUACAAUUCCGAUUAUCACUGGCAGGUGGGGAUCACGUGCAUAAGCAUACGUAUCGAAAUUAAAAAAAAAAUGUAUCUACCAAUUUAGUAAUAUUCGCAUGCGUGAUAGAGUAAAUAACAGCAUGUGAUCAAUGAGUGGGAAAAUCACGUGAUUAGAACUUCGCAGAGUGGCUUGUCGUUUGAGUAGGAGCACCUCGCAGCUCACGUCAGGUUUGCCAUCUUGAUCUGAUAUGACCAUCGUCGUUCAUUCUCGUCAACCAAUGGUUCAAGCGCCUUUAUAGCCUGUCUGUGCAUGAUUGGGCGUAAUAUGACCUUGCAGCUCUACAAACUUUGUGAAACGGGAAGUAAAUGUCCCGAGAACAAUAAGCAUUCGGCGCGAUGAUCUUCUUGAAAAUGCAACGGAACCUGAAGUUAAAAGGAAAAAAAAAGAAUGAAAGAAAAAUUAACAUGAAUAGUUCGGGCAAAAAGAAAGUGAAUUGGAAUCCACAAAUAUUAAUGGACCUAUUACGUUGUAAGAGAUGAAAUGGAACAAACAGACACGAGGGCUGCCCAAUGUUUUGUGUCGGAAAUGGAACGAGAUGGGCUAUGAACACCUGCAGAUGCACGUUUUUGUAGAGAAUUUGUCCGAUAGAGUUGCAAAAGCAGAAAGAGGCUCUAAAACUCUGAGAGAUGACAUGAAGGAACAACAUAUGCUGUCUGAAAUUGCAGAAAACAGCAAUCCUAUCCAAGAAAGUGAAUCUGGGAGAGAAAAUGCAAAUGAAUCCACUGCUAUUGAAGGCGAAAGAAACUUUACAAAUCAAGAGUCCCAGCCCACAGGAGAGCAAAACAGAACGAUGCCUGGAACAACAAGGCUAUCAACGACGGAAGAAUACAAUGGAUAAUCCGAAAUUCUUUUAAUCCUGUUCAACAAGGCGAUGGAAGUAUACAAUGAGAUCUAUGAUGAUAGAUGGAACCUCAACAAACGCUAGUAGUCAAAAAAGCGAGGAAUGUUCCAGCAACUAAAGAACAAAAGAUCUUAAAUUAAGUACCAGAUAGGCUAAUUUCUAAAAAGGUCGGGUGUACCGAAUUGGAACCUGACGAAAAGCUGUGGAAAUUAAAUUAUAUCGCCUAUUCAGUUGCCGUUGCUUGGCGACAUGUGAACGAUGACUAUCAAAAAACCCCUUGGGGACGAAAGCAAAGGCCAAGGAAUGUGAAAUGUGAAUAAGAAAAUUUUGCAGUGGGACAGCAUUUAUCAAAAGCUUCGGGCGAACACGGGGCUAUACAAAAGCAACCAAAGAUGACGAAAAGACGCGUGAAAAGGAGGAAACAAAUCAGCGCGAAAUGUAAGACUCUUUUUGCUAAAGACCUAACAGAAGCUAUUGAAAAACUCAAACAGCAAUUCCCAAACUUAUUAAAUAUUCAUGAUGUUGUCGCCCAACCAGAACGCCUCAUUCUGGUGUCACAAGACAAGUGUCACAUAAAACGCUAUCAACAUAUUUGUCUUGCCGGUACUCACGUUCUUUAUGCCAGUGCUUUACACCUUAACACCUUGCUCUACGCAUCCCGUUCAGUUGGUGGCCGCAGGCUCGAGGAAGUGACAAACAUCGAUCCAUAAAGAAACCAAGAACAAGUCACCUUUAAGAAUCACCACAUCUAAAGAUCCGAAAUUGCAGGCCGUUGUGCAAUUCCAAGAAGGUAAGGAGGUAGAAAGCUGAAUAUCAAUGCUUAGAUGUUACGAAAUGUGCUAUGGUCAUGAAUGAGGAUGAACUUUAAGUGGCAACCGAUGAUCCCAAACUUUCAUUUGAAACAACAGAAGGGAGAACUUACACUGCCUCAGACCUCACAGCGCAAAAAUGUUGCUGGCCAAAAGGAUCUUGGAUGAUGUAAGACAAAAGUGGAGAUCAAAGGAAGCGUCUGGCAGGCGAAGAUUGUGUUUCCACUUAGCCUGCUAGCAAGCUCUUAUAUUUGGGCGAGCGAAGCGAGCCGCGCGAGAAAGUGCGAGGCAGCGGCGAAGCCGCGAGGGGCCGAGGGGCCUUUCUCUCCCCCGCCUCUGGCCUUAGCAUCUCCUCUCGCGUGUCACUCGUGCGUCUACUUUUCACGAUAUCCCCCAAAUGGAGAGCUUGCUCGUAGACUAGUCUUCACUCUGUGAUGAAACAGUUGAACUAUCAGAGUGAUUUAAUUGGAGCAACAAAUGGAAAUCGGCCCCACUCUACACGAUGUGCGCACUGAACGAAAUAUAAUUUUAUCAGCAACUCACUAGAACAAGGGUGCGGGAGGCAAAGAUAAGCUGCGCGACAGAGAGAAAAUGCAGGAAAUGUCACUAGUUCAACGAAACAGUGAAACAUAUUCUAUCUGGUUGUCCAGAGCUAGCAGAAAAACCAUGCCUUUACUGACAUAAUAAAAAAGAGUUUUAAAUGAGUUACCAAGAGAAGAUAAAGGGGACAGAGAAGGCAUCCCCCAUACACACCCUAUUCCAUAGGUAAUUCGUCUCGAGUUAUUUUUAGAAUCGGGACAAAGUUACCUCGCGCGCUGCGUAGAUGUUUCGUGGAGGUUUCGCAUGACUGAAUGCCGUGCAAAACAUGUCGGGCGAAAGGCAAUGAAAACGUAAAGUUGAAGUUAUCAGGAGUUCGACUUUUCGGGAGCUGGAAGCAAAUAGCCGGAAGUAAGGGAAAAAUUAGUUUUUACCGUACAGGGAACAUUUUAAUCACAUUUAGUUGUAGAAAUAGUGGGUGAAAAUUAAAGAUACCUCUAGAUUAUAAAUCAGAAGGUAACAAACCAUAGCCUAAAUAGACCAUGCUUUUACUGUUUUGGGAAGUAAAGUUGUUAUGCGUUAGACUUGUGACAAAAAACGUCAGCCUUUGCUUGUAAACUAUAUGCCUACAACACGUCAAUGGGAAAUUAAAAACUCAAUGUUUCGGACGCUAGUGCACUUUUAUAUUUUCCGACUUUUCAAGCGCUCAAAACAUGGUUCGAGUUAUCGAGUGUAAAAUUAUAGAAAUGAUCUGAGUGGAGACAAAAAUUAAUUCGAGUUAGCGGGAGUUCGAGUUAUCGAGGGUUCGAGUUACCAAAGGGUAAAAUUACAGUAAAUGUAUGAAAGAAAUCCAGGGGAAAUCGAUUUUGGUUCGAGUUAGCGAGGGUUCGAGUUAUCGGGAUUCAGCUGUAUAGCUUUUAGUCAUAGUACAAACAGUUCUGGUCGUAACUACAGCUGGUAGCUUACUAGAGUUGAGGCAAGGAAGCUUCUACUUUCUUAAGGAUUUGUUUAAAAAUCGUAGCAAAGAGCCACCUGGAUCUGCAGUUGCUUUGACGCCGACAACAACAACAACAACAUACACAUUUACAUUUUAUUUAUAAAUGUAUACGAGGUGCGAGGCAGCGGCGAAGCCGCGAGGGGCCGAGGGGCCUUUCUCUCCCCCGCCUCUGGCCUUAGCAUCUCCUCUCGCGUGUCACUCGUGCGUCUACUUUUCACGAUAUCCCCCAAAUGGAGAGCUUGCUCGUAGACUAGUCUUCACUCUGUGAUGAAACAGUUGAACUAUCAGAGUGAUUUAAUUGGAGCAACAAAUGGAAAUCGGCCCCACUCUACACGAUGUGCGCACUGAACGAAAUAUAAUUUUAUCAGCAACUCACUAGAACAAGGGUGCGGGAGGCAAAGAUAAGCUGCGCGACAGAGAGAAAAUGCAGGAAAUGUCACUAGUUCAACGAAACAGUGAAACAUAUUCUAUCUGGUUGUCCAGAGCUAGCAGAAAAACCAUGCCUUUACUGACAUAAUAAAAAAGAGUUUUAAAUGAGUUACCAAGAGAAGAUAAAGGGGACAGAGAAGGCAUCCCCCAUACACACCCUAUUCCAUAGGUAAUUCGUCUCGAGUUAUUUUUAGAAUCGGGACAAAGUUACCUCGCGCGCUGCGUAGAUGUUUCGUGGAGGUUUCGCAUGACUGAAUGCCGUGCAAAACAUGUCGGGCGAAAGGCAAUGAAAACGUAAAGAGAUCGAGAGCAUUUCUGAAUCUUGAAGCGGAAUGAGUUGGCACUCACCUGGGAAAACAGAAUCGCUGGACACUUUGACGACCCGUGAAAUCAGUUUCUUUCGAAGUUAUCGUAACCUUAGUGCUUUAAUAAAAUGAGAAAUUUCGCCGGUCUAUUGAAACCGGUCGUUUGUACAAUAAAGCAAGUAGGACGCCAAGUGUUAUUUUUGUUGAAUAAUAAAAGACUAAUAAAAGAAUAAAUAUCAAACCAUAAAUUGCUCUCUUCAAACUGUAAAAUAUAAAUGAUUCUGAGAGAAUAUUCAGCGUGUUAAGGAUUUCCCUGCUGUACUGUUAGCUCUACACAAGAGAGGAAGGGCGAUUCUUUUUCAAUUCCCGUUUCGCUGACACAGCUUUAGCAGAAAUCUCUCUUUAGUCGUUUUCGUCGACAAAACGAAUAGCAAUUUCGCUCUCCGCAUCUUCCGCCAUUUUUUUUCGUGAAGGACGAGUGGCUCUGAGCGUGGGUCAUCCACGCGGAAAACAUUCGCGCUAUGUGAUUGGCUGUUGUCUAAUCCCCCUUGGGAUCAGUGGUCUUAAAAAUAACUCGAGACGAAUUACCUAUGAAAUAGGGUGUGUACGGGGGAUGCCUUCUCUGUCCCCUUUAUCCUCUCUUGGAGUUACUCAUAGCCCAUAAAUUGAGUGAGAAGCCACUUCCACUGAGGCAGAAGGCUCGCAGUUUCUAUUGCAAUAAAGAUGCAGAAAUAACGAGGAAUUGUUCUAUAAAUAGCGACUAAAUCUCUCUUUAGUCGUUUUGUCGCCCGGAGACAAGAAGAUGAAAGAGAUCUACAUACUGUAAUUGAGAUGGCGUGCCCGAGUUGUAGAAAUAGGACAGAUACGGAAGGGAGUAAAACCAUGAAGCACCCAACCGGGAGAAUCGAACUUAGGAAGAGACAUCCUUAUUUUAGGAUUAACCAAAAAAAAUGUUAUAAUGGAUGUCCCUAAAUGAUACAGCAAAGGACUGAGAGAGGAACUUACCACCUUCCUCGGGAAAACUGCUACAAGAAGAUCCAGAAUGUUAGCGCUUUGCAAACGACUAUCUUGCUGCAUGCUAUUAGAAUAAUUAAGUGGUUGGUAGAUAUGAACCACACGUCUAUUCAUUUUAUCCCUUCUAUGUAAGGUAAACGUAUGUAGACUUGUGGGUAGAUAUCUUAUUUUUGCUAUUUUUAUUUUUUAUUUUUUUGCUACCCGAUAGUCACUUUAAAAAACUGGUGAAAGGGGUUUGGCUCUGCCCCUCCGUUUAUGAUAUGUGCAAACACCAGACAAGUGUCAAUAAAGAACGGAAAAAAAAGGAGAUGAAGAAGAAGUUUAGAAGAAGAAGAAAAAGAAAAAGGAAAAAAAAAAGAUUUUUGCACUCCAUUAAAAAGAACAAAGAAAAAAGGAAAAAAAGGAAAAGAAAGAGAGUAAAAUGAAAAUAAAUACAGAACUUGCUGGAGAAAAAGUUCCAGAAAAUAAAAGUUGCCUGCCUUCUUGCCUUCUUUUCUGGCUUUUUGCAAGGUUAACUAUUUACCUCAGGGUCAGAUAUUUCGUAUAAAUAAAUAUAUAUAUAUAUAUUUAUAUUUUUAUAUUUAUAUAUUUUUUAUUUUUAUUUUUAUUUAUUUAUUUAUUUAUUUUUUUUUUAAUAUUUUUAUUUUUUAUAUAUUUUUUAAUUUUUUUAUAUAUAUAUAUGUAAUGGUAUAGUUAUUCUCAUCAAAAUCCCCUGAUGAGUGGGCAACCACGAAACAGGCUUGUAGGGAUACUUAUCUAGUUACUUGUUUUCUUCCGUCAACCAUACGUAUACUCGCUCUACUUUAUGUAUUGAGCACUGUUUUACGGAUUUCAAGUUCAAACCUCUUAUAUAUAUAUAUAGGAUAUUACACGGUGGCGCGAAGAUAUGAAUUUUAUUUUCGAGUGGCAAAAAAAUAUUUUACGAACGAGCGCAGCGAGUGAAUAAAAUAUUGUUUUUGCCACGAGAAAAUAAAAUUCAUAUCUUCAAGCCGCCGUGUAAUGUUCUUUUUAUUGUAUAGACAAAAGGACAUGGAUAAAAUAAUAGAGGAAAAUGACCGAAAUUACGUCAUCGAUAAACUCACGUGUGAGAUUAUGGAAAAUAAACCACUCAGGUCCCGGAUGUAGUUUUAUGAAUUUUACGAGUGGUAUAUUUUCCAGUAAAACACUCGUGUCUAUAUAAUAAAUAAAUAAAUAAAUAAAUAAAUAAAUAAAUAUAUAUAUAUAUAUAUAUAUAUAUAUAUAUAUAUAUAUAUAUAUAUAUAUAUAUAUAUAUAUAUAUAUAUAUAUAUAUAUAUAUAUAUAUAAAAUGAAAUGAAAUGACGAAAUUCAAAUUGAUCAUCAACUAAAAAAAGUGCUCAAUGGGUUUACCAGAGCUUUGAAUAGAUACGUAGACUUGAACUAGGUCAAAAACAUUUACUUGCUACUCAGAGUUUCAUGCUUCAUGAGAAGCAAUCAUCAGGCAACUGCCAAAAAGGAACAAUACAUGGUGUUUUAUAGUGAUUUUGAAAAAAACGGUAGCGAUUCAUUCAACACAAAGCCCCGACAGAUCGAAAAAAUCAAGAAGGGUUUCUGCCAAAUUUUCCGUGAAAACGACUUAAAAAUCACAGUCGAAGCCAACAUGACUAAGGUCAAUUUUUUAGAUGUCACCCUUGACCUCCAAUCUGGCAAGCAUUACCCCUACACAAAAGAAGGAAACAUCCCACUCUAUGUUCACAAGAAAUCCAAUCAUCCGCCAUCCAUCCUAAAAAAUACCCCGGAAUCCAUAAACAAGCGCCUCUCAGAAAUUUCUUCCGACAAGGAAUCCUUUGAAAAAGCUAAAGGUACUUACCAAGAUGCCCUCAACAAGAGCGGCUACAAUUACAAUCUCACCUACAGAAAAUCUUCCCCAGACACCAAACACCGCAAGAAUAGGCCCAGAAACAUCAUCUGGUUCAAUCCUCCGUACAGCCAAAAUGUCAAAACCAAAGUUGGAAAGUGCUUCCUCACCUUAAUCGAC